GAACGCUUUCAACUUCAUUUGAAUGCCCGCAAACUGCGGCCAGACCAACGCACAGACCCCGACUUGCGAAGUUAACCCUAUUUGUUAAUUUUCCGCUACAGUUUCGAGUUUGUUACAUUGUCGAUUUGGUCAGACAGACGUUUUUAAUAGCGCAUUUCCCAACAAGAAACUCACAGAGCCACGACAAGUGCUGGUGGUUUUGCGUGACAGCUGCAGAGAGAAUAUUGCUAGCGAUGACGACACCUGUCAAGAGCUCUCAGAUUUGAGGUGGGAGAGCAUGGUGAGCUACGUAGCUGUGUUGCAAACAUGGCUCAAAACAUGUUGAUGCUUCCUCACCGGGCGCCCCCAGGGUCGCUUUCAAGCCUGACUGCCGACAGCUCGUCACCUCUGUCAGCCUCUUGAGCGAGCCAAUUGAUCGCCUCUAGCUCAACAACACCGCGCACAAGGUUCCGCCGCGUGUGCCAGCGGUCCAGCCGAGCAGCCUCUGCUUCGCCCAGAGCCCAGCUGCCUGGGCAGGACUGCAUCGCCAUGGACACAGAGUCCACCUACUCGGGUUAUUCCUACUACUCCGGACGCUCCCGGGGAUCCCACAGGCAUGGGGAGCGAAGCCGGGACCGCCACAAGACUCGCAGUAAAGACAGCCGCUCAGAAAAGUCUGUUACAAUUAACACGCCGCCCGCCGAGCCGCUGCUGGGCGACUCAGCUGUUCGGGGUGAGCAGGUCCAGGAUGACAACUGGGGCGAGACCACGACAGCUGUCACGGGCACAUCGGAGCACAGCCUCUCUCAGGAGGACAUUGUUCGCAUCACCAAGGACCUGGAGGACAGCGUGGGGCUGGACUGCCGCCGCUACUUCACCCUGGCCCUGGCCGUGAUCCUCGGCCUGCUGGUGUUCCUGACGCCGCUGGCCUUCCUGGUGCUCCCCCACCUCCUCUGGCCGGAGAAGCUGCAGAGCUGCGGCACGGCCUGCGAAGGCCUCUUUAUCUCCGUGGCCUUCAAGCUGCUCAUACUGCUUCUGGCCGUCUGGGCGUUAUUCUUCAGGCCGCGGCGGGCCGGCCUCCCGCGGGUCUUUGUUUUCCGGGCGCUGCUCGCCGUGCUGGUGCUGCUCUUCGUGGUUUCCUAUUGGCUGUUCUACGGAGUCAGAAUACUUGACUCACAGGACGAGAACUACCAGGGCAUCGUGCAGUACGCCGUGUCGCUAGUGGAUGCUCUGCUCUUCAUCCACUACUUGGCCAUCGUCCUGCUGGAGCUCCGGCAGCUCCAGCCGUGCUUCUCGGUGUGCGUCACACGCUCCACAGAUGGCGAGAUACGGCACUACAACCUGGGACAGCUCAGCAUUCAGCGGGCAGCUCUGGCCAUCUUAGAGCACUACUACUGCGACUUCCCAGUCAGUAACCCGGCGUUGCUUUCCGCCUCCAAGUCCCGUGCAGCCAAGCACCUGGCUGGCCUCAAGGUCUACAACGUGGAUGGUGAGUUCCCAGAAGCCCCCGCCGAGGAUGCCUUUAGAGCUAAACUGAAAGCCUACCUUUUGGACAGUCCAGGGAACAAUGCAGCAGCAGGACUGGUCCACUCCCAGUCCAGAGCCAUGAUCGCAGCCGCUGCACGCCGCAGAGACACCAGCCACAACGAGCUGUACUACGAGGAGGCAGAGCACGAGAGGCGCGUUCGCAAACGCAAAGCACGCUUGGUGGUGGCAGUAGAGGAGGCGUUCACACAUAUCAAGCGCAUGCAGGAGGAGGAGCAGAAGAAGGCUCCAGGGGACGUGAUGGACCCUCGAGAGGCAGCACAAGCCAUCUUCCCAUCCAUGGCUCGCGCCCUGCAGAAGUACCUGAGGACCACCAAGCAGCAGCACUGCCACAGCAUGGAGAGCAUCCAGCAGCACCUGGCCUUCUGCAUCACCAACAACAUGACGCCCAAGGCGUUCCUGGAGAGCUACCUGACGCCAGGUCCCACCCUGCAGUACAGCCGGGACCAUUGGCGGGCCCGCCAGUGGACACUGAUCAGUGAGGCGUCGGUCACCAGCGGCCUUAAGGAUGGCUCCGUCUUCCUGCUCAGGUGUGUGGACUUCAGCCUGGUGGUGACGACAAAGAAGAUUCCGUACAUCCAGAUGUCAGAGGAAUACAUCGACCCCAAGUCACACAAGUUUGUCCUGCGGCUACAGUCCGAAACCUCCGUGUAGGAGUCCAAACUUUCUUUCUUUUUUAUUCCUCCCCCUGUUUUGUCGCUCUCAAAUGUUUUCACUUUGGGUUUGCAGUUUUUAUUUGUACUUUUUGGGAAUUUUUAUAUAUUAUAUAUGAAUCUAUAUAUUACACUCAUGUUUGAAUAUAUUGAUCUUUUUACGUUUUGAUUUGGAUCAAAAGAAAGAAUUGAGGCAGGAUUAUGCUCACGGCGGACUCUGACAUGGUUGUGUGCACGUACAGUAUGUGUGAGUGUAUGUGUGUGUACAGUAAGUGUGUACGCACGCGUGUCAUUUUGUGUCAACACAAUCACUCGUUCCUUUUCUGUUUUGAGAUGCCGGAGCCAAACAAGAUGGGAACAUUUAAGGAAAUCCCCACAGAGAAUCUGUCUUUAUUUUAUAUUCUGUCUUUCCAUGAGACAGACAGACCGACAGACAGACAGACAGACAAACCACUAAGGACUGCGAUGGUGUGACUUGGAUUUAGAUAUUUGAAGACUUGCCAUUUCGUCUACAACAUUUGAAAGUAUUUGGAUGCUCUGUUGGGCGUCAACAUGUUGAGAAGUAAAUGGAUUUCUUUCCAUUUGAAAACCAAAUUAAAUGCAUUUAACAAAAAUACUUCAGACUUUGCAUUAAAUGCAUGUUUAUGUAUGUUUAUCAAUGAAAAGAAUAUGCCUAAAAAGGAUGGAACAAAUGAUCUCGGCCUGCUCAAAAAGGAUGUUGGGACUGUUUUUCCUCUCCACAAUCUCCUCAUCACUACUUCAGGACAUCUGUAGAGCUUUUCUUGACAGUUGGGAUGUCAAACUCUGACCCGCCUCAUGUCCAGCCUGAGGCGUACGGUAGCACUAUUUGAGUGCUAAUUCUAGCAGCCAAAGUGGAUCGCUUUCAGCUGUUUUGGUGCAUGAUUUGUCUCCAGGUGCAAUGGAGCAAAAUCAAAAAUAUUUCCACUUCAGUUGGGAAUAACACACACAUGCCAUGUUAAACACUGGUGAACUUGCAAUGAUCCGUAUCAUAAGAGACUCUCAGAGGUGGACGCAUGCCCAAAAACAUUUGCCCUGCCUCAUCGGUUCAAUAACCUUCUCAGGGCUUUCAUGUCUGCCGUAUCUGCCUGACACGACGGAGAGGGGAGGCAGCGAGGAGGAGAGACAGAGCCUUGAUGUCACUAAUAAAAAGUACUACUGAUUACUCCAAACCAGAAUUCCUCCUCUGUGGGUUACAUAGCAGAAAGUCUAAAUACCGUAAAUUCUCACUUAAAAGCCGGUAUUCAAGUAAGCUUAGCCAGCAUCAACAAGUAAAGGCCACUCGCUAGGCCAGGUAAAACCAAAAACAUUAACGGGGUGGAAUUACAGCUCACAUAACUAACUCAUUCUCUCAGUACAACAGAGUUGGGUCAUACUCACCCCUCUGCUGCUCUGAGUUUAUAUUAACAGAAAUGUUUCCAUACUCUAAUUAACUCUAGAUGAUUCAUCUUUGCGUACUCGUCGACGUUAAGCUACACUACGAUACAUGUUUUUACACAUUAAAAGCAUACCUAUAAAGGGAAACCUUUUUAAAAAUGUUUGCCUUAAUUUGGCAGUCAACAGUUUACAGAGACAAGAAACGUAAGGGGAGAGAGAAGGAUAUGACAUGCAACAAAGGUCCUUAGUUGGGAAUCAGACCACGUGUUUUGCAGUUAUGGUAGCUUAACAUCGUUCGGGAGAAAAGGCGAAGAAGAACGCGUGAAGAGACUCUUGCUGCACUGAUGGAACUAGUGCUGUUGAAGCGGACAUACUACAUUUAUAAAGGUAUCGGGGCAAAUGGUUCUCUCUGCCGCUGAGCUGAAUAAAGGCCACUAUUUGAGAAUUGAUGGUAUUUAAAGUGUGAUGUAAUCUUUCAGGCGUCACAGGGUUUGCUUGUAUCACUAGAAUACAUAAUAGAUGACAAAGAAUCAACAGUGUGUACCAAUAGGGAGAGCUGCAGCAGGGCGGAUCCCUUCCCAACUGGACCGUCUGGUUUUCCUUUUAUUACCUUGUCUCACCUCUGUUGUCUGACAAACGUGCUCACAGUGAAUCCCUCGAGGUCAGAAGGAAUUUUUGUAAUUAUUUCUUUCACCUGAUGAAUCAGCCUAUCUUGUAAAUUCAGAUCAACACAGUUAAAUUAAGCUAAUGGCACUAAAAUGACACUUUUUAGAUCACUUCAGCACUCUGCCCCUAUCAUAACCGUCACAUUGAGUUUAUGUGUAACUCCCUCAAGAAGAAAACCGUCACCCUGAUCAGAUCUUCUGUGGCUGUGAGCAGGGUUGUCCCCUGCUGCCCCCUGGCUGGUAAACCUAAUAUUGUCACUUUGUUUAUCUGCCUGAGCGCAGCAGCAACAUGUUCUCAUAUCAAACGCAAAGACACUGUUCAUUUUAGCACAAAGUGUAACUGUUAAACCACAUGGGGAAGAACUCCCAAAAACACUUUUGCUGUUUACUGCAAACGGCACGUAUCUGUGUUGAAACACCUGCCACUGGUCACACUUUGUACCGACUGACAGAUGGAUUUAGUGUGAUCCCAAUGUGACCGUGCCUCCUGUUUUUACACUGUAGCUAUUUAUGUUAACGUGUGUGUGUGUGUGUGUGUGUGUGUGUGUGUGUGUGUGUGUGUGUGUGUGUGUGUGUGUGUGUGUGUGUGUGUGUGUGUGUGUGUGUGUGUGUGUGUGUGUGUGUGUGUGUGCGCGCGUGCGCGCGCGCGCCAUUCCAGUUCACACAACCAGCCUUUUGCCCCUCUCCUCUACAUCACCCCCAUCUGUCACGCUGUUGCCACGGUUUGGCUGUUGUUGGACAGCUCGAUGACGUGACAUUGCAAUGUAAGACAUGUUUCAGUUUCACAGCAUUCGCAGUUGUAAAAAAGAAAUAAACAUUUUUAUGAACAUUUGUAAAA